AUGGACGGCCUUGUGAACGGCAGGAAGUCAACGGAGGAGUCAGUGACGAAUGGGAGCAAGACUCCAGAGCCUGAGAAGCCUAGUACGCUUCAGCAGCUACUCAAUGGCGUCUCUGAUUCUGCUCAGCAAAUGAGAACUUUGCUCAAUGCUAUUAAAGCGCCUGUGCCCAAUCAAACGGGAGAUGGCUCUCAACUCCCCCAACCGCAGAAGGAGAGCCUGAUGAAGGACGUCAAUAAUCUUUUCAAGGACAUCAAGAACCAGGAUGCGAAGGAUCUGGACGGCCUUCUCAAGACCUUCAAGAAGGCAGCACUGAAGGAACCGAUCGACGAUAGGGAGUAUCUAAUGGAGAGCCUGGUCGCCGUUGCCGCGAAGAUGCCAGCCGCGAAACUGCAGAAGACCAUCACCAACCAAUUCAUUACUACUCUCUGGGACGAUCUCGAGCAUCCUCCUCAAACGCUACUGUCCGACAAGUACCUCUUCAGGCAACCAGACGGCAGCCACAACAACUACAAAUACCCAGACAUCGGCAAAGCAGGAAUGCCCUACGCCAGGACUGUCGCACCCAAAACGAAGCAAGCCGCUUGCCUGCCUGAUCCUGGUGUGCUUUUUGACUCUCUCAUGGCUCGCCAAAAUCCAAAAGGCCAGAAACAUCCGAAUUCGAUUUCGAGCAUGCUGUUCUACCUGGCAUCGAUUAUUAUUCACGACGUGUUCAGAACAGACCAUAACGACUUCAAUCUAUCCGCAACUUCGUCCUAUCUAGACUUGGCUCCUCUCUACGGCAGCACAUGGGAAGAGCAGAAACGGAUGCGGACGUUCAAGGAUGGCAAGCUAAAGCCGGAUUGCUUUUCUGAAUCUCGUCUGCUGACAUUCCCACCUGGUGUCGGAGCGCUCUUGAUCUGUUUCAAUCGUUAUCACAACUAUGUGGUCGAGCAACUGGCGGCGAUAAAUGAAGAUGGUCGAUUCACUACAAACCCCAGGAAACCUACGAUUGAUCGAUAUGGCGAGAAAGACCUUGACAAGCGCGAAGAUGACUUGUUCCAGACUGCUCGUUUGAUCACCUGCGGGCUUUACGUCAACAUGAUCCUGAUUGACUAUGUGCGUACUAUUCUCAACCUCAAUCGGACAGACGACAACUGGCAGUUGAACCCUCGCGUGGACAUUCCAGAUGGUGUCCCAGUCGGCACGGGUAACCAGUGCAGUGCAGAGUUCAAUCUGGUGUAUCGAUGGCAUUCUGCCGUGUCCGAGCGAGAUGACCACUGGACCCAGGAAUUGUUUAGAGAACUGUUCCCUGGCCAAUCCGCGGAGGAGGUCUCGCGACCUGACAGGAUUGGGAUGUUCCUGCGCAAGCUUAAGGAGUUGGCUGACAAGACGGAGAGUCUGGAACCUGAACAGCGACCAUUCCCAGCGUUGAAGCACGAGCAAGAGAAGAUGCAUCGUAUCAAGGAUGGUCCGUUCAAAGGCAACUUCGAGGACAAGGACCUCGCCGAGCUCCUGACGAGUAGUAUCGAGGAUUGCUCCAACGCGUUUGGCCCCCGCCAGGUUCCGACUGUGAUGAAGGCAAUUGAGAUGCUUGGUAUACAACAGGCCAGGACUUGGAAGUGUGCAACCUUGAACGAGAUGCGCAAGCACUUCGACCUGACGCCACACGAGACGUGGGAGGAUAUCACCAGGGAUAAGGAUGUACAAGAGGCCCUCAAACACCUCUACGAUACCCCUGAUCAGGUUGAGCUGUACCCAGGACUGGUUGUGGAAGAUGCCAAAGCGCCGAAACUUCCUGGCUCAGGACUGUGCCCACCAUUUACGACUUCGCGAGGUGUACUGUCAGAUGCUGUUGCCCUUGUACGAGGUGACAGAUUCUACACGACUUCAUACACCCCAGCUUUGUUGACCAACUGGGGCUACCAAGAGGCUUCCUCGGACCUUUCCAUCGACAAUGGCUGCGUCUUCUACAAGCUGUUCCUCAGAGCGUUGCCGAAUAGCUUCGAUCCAGCGUCUGUCUAUGUGCACUACCCAAUGACUACGCCCGACGAGAUGAAGAACAUUCUUCGUCUGCUAGAGAAGGAUCAUAUGUACAACUUCGACAGACCCACAGAGAUCAAGCAGCCGAUCGUACUCUUCAGCCACGAAGCCGCCAUUCAAGUGACUUCGGAUGAAGAGGCGUUCCAGGAUUUUUCGGGACCUUCCAUGGAGUUCCUCAUGGGCCCGCGAGCGAAGAAUAUCAUGCUCUCCGGCGACCGAUCCGCCUUGGAGAGCGCGAUCCCAACUGGUGACGAGAAGUGGUUGAAGGCUGUGCGUGACUUUUACGAACAAAAGACCACGGAGCUUCUCAAGCAGAAGUCGUACAAGCUGGCUGGCGUCAACUACGUCGACAUCAUCCGUGAUGUCGGUAACUUGGUUCCUGUUCAUUUCGCUUCAGAGCUCUGGGGCAUCCCGCUCAAGACUGAGGAGUUCCCUCGUGGUGUCUUCACGGAACAACAGCUAUAUCUCGUCAUGGCGGCCGUGUUCACAGCCGCCUUCUUCGACGUCGACCCUACCAAGAGCUUCCCACUUCGCCAACAAGCAAGAGAGACCACCCAACGCCUCGGCGAAAUCCUGAAACUCCAAGUCUCCUCCAUCGCCACCUUCGGCCGCGCCGCCGAACUCCUCCUCGACGUCCUCAAACCCACCUCAGGCCCCCUCAAAGACUACGGCGUCCACAUGAUCGCCACACUCUGCAAAUCCGGCCUCAGCGCCGACGACCUCGUCUGGGGCCAGAUCCUUGGCGUCGCCGGCGGCAUCGUCGCCAACCAGGGCCAGCUCUUCGGACAAGCGCUCGAUUACUUCUUCACGGAAGGCAAAGAGUAUCUCCCGAAGAUCUUCGAGCUGGCGAGGAAAGACACGCUGGAGGCGGACGAGGUGUUGAUGCAUUACCUCCUGGAGGGCGCGAGACUUAGAGGGGAAACGGGUCUCCUCCGCGACGUGCCAAAGGACGUCUCCGUCACCGACACGACAGAAAUCUUCGGCACGAAAACGCAUAAUCUCCACCAAGGCGACAAAAUCCUCCUCAACCUCAAAGCCGCCUCCCACGACCCGAAAGCCUUCCCCAACCCAGCCACUCUCGACCUCACCCGGCCCUUAGAUUCCUACACCAUCCUAGGCCAGCAAUCUCUCGGUCUCGCCACGACGCGCGUGGCGCUGACGACGAUGCUCAAAGUCGUCGGAAGGCUCGAGAAUUUGCGGCCCGCGAUGGUGAGUAUCGGGCACAAGAGCGAGCCGCAUUCUGUCAAGAAGGUGGUUAAGGAGGAGUUUGUGGUUGGGGACGGAGGGAGAGUGCCGCAGGAGUGGUGUUAUUCGAUGUAUUUGACGGAGGAUUGGGAUCGGUUUUGGCCGUUUCCUACGAGUUUGAAGAUUAACUGGGGUGGGGACAUUCCUGGGGUUGAAACGGAUUGA